AGUCACAGUUGUGAAAUAGCUCGAAUGCGGCGGGCAAUUUUCAAUUUUCUCUAAUUUCUGAUAUAACAAACGAAAAGACAGCAAUAAAUGUAAUAUAACUAUGGCUUCCGGCAGCAAGCAACCAAAUCUUGAGACCCAAAUUAUACGACUUGGUGAAAAACAUAAUAUAGCACAGCUUCAGGUGUUGAUCGAUCAGACUUCAUCAAAGCAGCUCACUACCUUACUUGGCAGCAAAUUAGGUCGCCAUGAUUGCACUACGCUAUGGAAUUACCUACUACAGGGUUUCAAUCCCAACAAUUUUGAUUCUCGUGAGAAACGCUUUGCCUGUGUCAAAUGUUUUCUCGAUGGCCUAUUAAAAGUCGAGCUAACCUAUAAACAAAUGUAUGACUUGAUAACACGGCUGUGUCAAGAUCUGAAUACAUUUUCCAGCGAACAUCUGGUAGAAAUAUUGGAACAUUGUAUUGAUGGCUUGCGCAUGGGCGAUCCAAAGUGUGUGGGCUGGAAAGAUUUGCUGCCGGAGACAUUACAUGUUCUGGCAACUUUGCCCCAGUUGAGUGUAAAUGGGAUUUCGAUGAGUGGCAGUGAAUAUAGGGAUACUACUGUGAAGAAUUUAUGUGCCAUGAAGUGGCCCACAGAGGUUAUGACUCCAAUAGCGGAUAUGUUUAAGGAGAUUCAUUUAACACCUAGCGAAACAGUUACGGUUCUCAAUAAAUUUUCUGGCUCCUUGCAAUCCUUGUCGCCGGAUGCCUUGCCCGCCUUGAGUUAUCAAUUGUUUUCAAUGUGUUCCACAGCCUCUCAGAUAAUCAUACCGAUUUUGGCUUUGGAAAAAUAUUUUCAUCGUUUUUAUUAUAAGAAAUUAUUUGACGAUAUGAGCAGCAAUUCCACUGAUUUUGACAGCAUAGAUGCAUUUUCUGAUCGUGAACUUAGAGAAGCAGAGGAAACUAUACUGCAUCAUUUGAAUUAUUGCACCCAAUAUAAAAUAAAUGAAAUACAAAUGUCCAUAGUACUGCGUAAUUUCGUUGCCAUGCCGGAUGUUGUUCUAACACCUUUUGUUUUAAGUGCCAUACUGUCUAUGACCUCUGCCAAUCGGGAGCCAGAUUCCCGUUUGUCGUCUUCUAUCCUUCUACCCUUUUUGCGUACUGUUGUCAAACACAAUCAAGACGAAAGUGCCUUAUCCGAUUAUUCAGUUUGGUGUCGCGAUAGCUUGCAUCGCAAACAAGUGAAUUUGGAACAAAUAUUCACAGUGUUAAUAGACCAAAAUAAGGAUGGCAAAGAUACAAUAACCCCCGGAUUGGUUAAUCUAUCAUUUGUUCUAUUGAAAGCCAAGAAUAGUCCACAAUUAAAUGAAUUGGCUACAGGAUUCCUAACCAAAUUCAUAAGAAAAAGAUUUGUUUUUGGCCAAGGCAUUGUAAGGAAAUUGGCCGAAUGGAUGGUGGUUGAGCAAGAGCAAAAUCAAUAUGCGGAAUGCCUAACAUUGCUGAGUGUGGCCGACACAUUUACUGUUUCCGAAUGUGUAAAGACCAUAAACUAUGUCAUGGAUUACUUUCUUUGGCUUCCAGGCGAUCAAGCCAUGCGCAUGAUGUCUUUCAUUUUGCCAAUUCUAAAAAUAUCUGCCCUAGUUAGAGAUGCUUUCAUAGAAAUUCUACGUAAAGCUAUGAGUUCUUGCGAAAUGGGAACUCGACGCAUGGCAGUCUAUGGUUUUUGUAUGAUUCUAAAACAGCUUAACAACAGCAACUCUCAACGCUCGCAAAUGAGUGUAUCGGGCAUGUGCACCCAGCAUAGUAUUUCUGGUAUCUCGCUAAUGUCACAGACAACAUUGGGCAAUCGUAAUAACCCCCAAAGGCAUUUCGAUAUGUUAACCUUGGAAAUUAUAGGAGUGUUGAGAAGUUGUUUCCAUCAGACGCUGGACAUAAAAAUAUGUUUAUAUGAAAAUUUACAACGAGCGGUUGAAUUGAAUCCGAAAUUGGUUCCUCACGUCCUGCAGUUUAUAGAUUGGCAUUUUCGUUCUUUCUUUGUGGCUCCCUUGGAAGAGGAUGAGGAAAAUCAAUUUUCGGUGAAAUUUGAUAAAGUUGUUGCUGCCAAAGAUUUCCAGGAAAGUGAAAUCGAAAUUUAUGAUAAUUUGGGCAAGCUGAUGAUAUUUGUCAGCCACUGUUUGGUAAUAUUUGAGAAAUUUGAAAACGAAUAUGACACAAGAGAAAUUAAACGUUUGCUAAAGUUAUGCAUGGAAAAGGUUAUUGGAAAGCAGAUAAAAUUUGAGAGUAUGACCGGUUCCUUAACUCAUCUCAAAAAUGAGCUAAUUAUGCAACAGCUGAAUUUUAUUGAAGGUCUAAUGGCCCAUAGUUUGUUGACUUCAAAACAAACCAAUGAGAAUGUCAAACAACUACUGCCCCUUUUCAAGGAGCAUGAGCUUUUGACCGAGGGCCUAAAGUCUUUGUCACACAAAAAAGGACAAAAGAAAACCAAAGCCAAUAAUGACAAUGAAAUUUCCAAUGUUACCAUCAAUGGAGUGCCGGUGAGAAAAAUUCUAUCAAAAGCAGAAAAUAUAUGGGACUUGGGCACAAUUGAAAGAUUCUUAAGGCUGUUACACGAGGACAUUGUGCCUUUUGCUCCUCGCCAUGAAACCUCAGCCUUACGUUCCAGAGUUUCUUUGGUCAACUAUGUGCUAGAGGUUGCCGCUGCUAAGGUAGCCCAAAUUCGCCUAGAGCCUGCCUAUAAACAAUUAUCUCACAGCAAACGCACUUUGAAAUAUCUAACAGACAUCACUAAAGUUGUCUAUGAGCGUUGUGUAAAACGCUUACCCGAUUUAUGGCGUAAUUUUGAUAUGCAAACUGCCUCAUUGGCCAUGGAAUGUUUUCGCCAAUGUGUGCAGACGGCCAAUGAAGUGUAUAAAGCAAAAUUUCAAACGAUUUUCAUCAAAGGUUUCGAUUUUCAUAUGCUAGACAAGAGCAAGGAAUGCAUAUCCGUACUGCAGGACGUUAUGGAUGAGUUUAUGAAGGAGGAAUUUGCCGAUGACCAGAAUCCCAACGAAUCGCUUAUGAGUGACACCAAUGGGCGUAAAAUUCCCCCCAAUAUUCUCUUGAGUUUGGAAGUUCUAUAUGAUAAUAUAUCAUUUGGUAAUCGUAUGACCAUAGAGUCUUAUAAUUGGUUGCUGAAAUUCUGUAAAAACUAUGAAGUGAAUGCCAAAGAAAUGGGUAUUGUUCAUAAGCUAUUAUUCAAACAGAGACAAAAAACUCAUUCAGGGGCUUUCUUUCAAUCGAUACCGGAACAUUUGGCAAAAAUAUGGUCACACAUCAAGGAUGAAGAAGCAGAACCGGAUGCUGCAAGCCAAGUUAUUUUGCAACUGAAAUCCAUAACUGAGGCUACAGUUGAGUCUUGCCUACAUCAUUUGUAUGAUUCACUGCGUAAGCAAAUCGAAGAUGUAGACUAUUUCAUUAUUAAGGCCAAUAAUUUGGCCUACAAGUGUCGCAUUGUACCGGAAGAUGAUCGUGACUUUUGUUUGGCCUCCCUUAAAUCACUGGAGAGAUCCAUCUCCCUGCAAUUGGUACAUAUAUCCAAUACAUUACGUAAUUUAACCAAUGUCUGCAUACCUUUGGGAAACUCUAUGGAUGGUCUGAUGAAGCUGCUCAUGCAACAUUAUAUAUGUUUGAAAAAUCUAACAAAACAUUUUCUAAAUUGUUGUUCUGGUGGUGUAAAAGUCUCCAUACAGGGAACAAAAUUCGAUUCUUUGCUGCAUGUUGUGGGUAAACCAUUGCCCUCCAACAUCUAUGCUUUAAUCACCUACAUAGAGAGCAACAUAUUGGAAGACAAUGCCAAAAAGAAGUCCAACCCACAGGCUGACAAAGCCAAGGUGUUGCGAGAAACCAAAUUUAUACCCAAAAUUAUACUUUGCAUUGAGAAUUUUAACAAACAUGUCAUACUAUUGGCCAAGAAGACCAAUGAUCGUUUAGCCAAUUUCCUACACUUUGGUACGGUAAGAGAUUUUCGCAUUAAAACUUCGGAUUUGAAAGCUGCCAUAGAUCGCACCUUGUCGCACAGCAGUCAAAUUGAGGCCAGCGAAAGUGGUGAUGAGGAGGCAGAUGAGGGUCCUGCAUACGAAGUUGAAGAUAGCAAUGAAACUAUUCUUCGAGAACUGGAAGAUGAUGUCAGGGAGUCUCAAAUAGCUGCCAACAAGGAAAACAUUGGCGAUGUCAAUGACCCCGAAGAAGAUAAUGAUGAAAGAUCUUCGCGCAGCAGAAGUUCAACUCCCUCCAGUGUCAGUACCAAAACAAAAAAAUCACAAAAGAAACCAGAAACUAAAGCAUCGAAGAAAAAAGAGGAAACUAAAAAGGCGGAGACGUUAGAGAAGAAAACAGGCAAAAAGGCUGGUGUUUCCCAAAAGGAUAAACCAAACAAAAAACUCCAGCCUGUUGUUAUUGACGAGGAAUUGGAGCCAAAUAAUGGCGAUAAUACUUUUAUUUCCCCCGAAGAUGCCGAAACCCUAGAGCAUGAAAGUGAUCGUGAUUCUUGCACUCAGUUAAUGAAAAAUCUGGCCAAAAUAAAUGCCAAAACGGCCAAGAAACGUUCAUUACGCGAGUCGGAACAACAAGGAGAUCCUGAUGUUUUAUGUGCACCACCUUUAGAGCCGCUACCUAAAAAGUCCAGACGUGGUCGUAAGAAAUAAGUUUUGUCAAUUAAAAUUUUAUGUUUUCCAUUUCUCACUUUCGCUUGAUAUAUAUGUGUGUAUGUAUUGAGGUAUCUAUGUUUGAUGUAUGUAUAUUUGCAUAUAAUAAGUUAUGUAUAUUUUUCCGUUUUAUUUCCGGUUUAAA